AGCUGGCGUUUUGGUUCGAACCCCUUGGCACACAAUCUUUGCGUGCACCUCAUCGGCUAAGCUUGUCGAGCUGGCGAUGAGCUGAGCAUGUCGUACGGGAUCGCAGCGGGCUGGGACGAAGAUUUUCUGGCAGAUGGCCAGGGCUUUGUGCCUGCUGAGAGGGUCUCGGACGCCCGAGACGGGCGACGUCCUCGAGAGCUACGGCCUGGGGCCUUGACGAAGGCCACCGAGCUCCUAUGGCGCGUGAACGAUGCCCAGCGGGCCGCACGCGUGCAGGCCGCCCUGGAGUCGCCUGAGGAGGAGGAUGAAGAGAUGCUGCCAGCCACGGGCGAUCGCCGCGAAAACGACAAGGCACCCGUUUUGGCGGCUGAAACCGUGGCAGUGGCGUCGUCAGAAGCGCUGGUCAGAGAGCUUGGCCCCUCACGGGCCUCUGCACGUGCGGGAUUGCUGGCCGUCCCUGUGGCCAGCGUUGAUGGGCACUUUCAGGUGCGGCUCUUGCGCACUGGACAGACCCAGAGAUCGAGAUGUCAAGAGCACGUGGUAGACCCUGAAGCUGUAGGCCUUCUACAGGCUCAGGUGGACUCAGGCCUUUCCUCCCCCACGCCCUCCGCGCCGCGCGAGCGUGCAAAGCUGAGUCCGGCGCAGUUAAGCCCAGUGGGUGCUGAAGCCACGGUGUUGCUGCAGAAAUACAGCCAGGUGGCAGUGAACUGCUUUGGCGAAGUGGGCGUGGAAGCGUUUCAGCUCGCGGAGGCUCUCUUCGGCGUCCAGGACGAGCUCCAGAAGAUGCGCCGCCUCAGCAGGUGGCUCAGCUGUGUGAACCAGAAGACGGUGCGGAAGUACUUGGAAGCGCGAGGACCCCGUGACCGUGAAGCACAGGGUUUGGACGCCGUCUUCCAUCACUUGACGGCCAACAACGUGCCAGCGGCCGUGAAGGAGCUCCACCGCCUGCCACGAGGACCUCACUUUGACCGCUUAGCGCCGCUUCUGGCGGCCGCCGGCGGCUGUCCACUGCCGAGUCCCCAGCGUCGCUCGCUGCGGCAGCAGCUGGUGGAGUGGAAGCGACAGAGGGUCGGCGAACUCAUGAACCCUGAACUCUGGCGGAUCUACUGCUUGCUGGCGGGCGAUUUAGAGGUCAUCCGGGAAGCGCUGGACUGGCGUACAGCCUUUGGCGUGGUCUUCUGGUAUGGCCAGAGCGAGGAGCCUGUGCGCGGCUCCACGGGCGUUUUGAGCCAAGUGGUGACGUCCUUCGUGGAGGCGGUGAAGCAGCAGGGCAUCUCGUCCCGCAUCCGCCCCGUGCCCUCCUAUGGGUGCCUUCCGCUCCGGGAGACGAAGGAUGAUUUGCUCUUCACCGAGCUGAUCAAGCCUGCAGCCAUUGGCAAGCGCAACGACCCAGAGAGCCUUCAAUUCACGGCCAUCAGGAUGGCUGCUGGCUUGGCCGCUGGUUCAUGUGAUGUUGCACACUUUGACUAUAAGACCUACACGAAAGAUCCACUGGAGAUUUCACUCUCCUGGCACUUUUCCGUGCUGAUGCUGGCAUUGCAGGGUGAGGAGGCUCGAGCCGCCUCCAAUGGCGUGGCGUUUCAGCGUCUGACUCAGCAAUAUUGCAAGCUCCUGGAGCAAAAUGCCUUGCAUCAAUGGGCCGUCUACGUGGCGCAUUUCCUGUCCGAAGAUCGCUCGCGCUCAGCGUUGGUCAGGCAAUUGCUGACGGGCUAUGCCAAGUCGAUCUCCGUGGUCGACGAAGUGAUGCCGUGGCCCAGCCUACCGCCAGGUUGGCUUUGGCAAGCCAAAGCCUUGGCGUGCGAACAAGCUCGGAACUGGUGCGGUGCCCUUUGUUGCUGGCUCCGCUGUGGAAACGAAGAAGCUCGGGCAGUCUCCAUCGCCUGUGGCUACCUGAUGGGCCCCACCCUACUGGGCCACGCUUCAGCGCCCUUCAAGCGCGGAAGCGUGGAGGCGAUCCUCUUGUCGCCGAUGAAUCCAGCAGCCCGAUGGCUGCUGGCGUCCCUGGAAGAGUUGCAGGGCGCGAUGACUGGCCAAGACCUCCUGUGGGCAGAGGCUGGGCGUGAGGCGCUGGAGCUGCUGAGGACCUGGGCGACGAGCUCCGAGGACGCACGCUUCGUCCCGCAGCAGCUGGUGCGGCUACACUGGAAGUGCCAACGGCUUCGGGGUUGUAUGUUGGGCUUCCCCCAGUGAGGCCGGUGGCGGCUCGGAUGUGCAACACUUGCUGUUAGAAAUCAGGAGGCAUGGAGACACAAG